GAAGCAAGAAACAUUAAAUGUAAUAUCAUUUGAUGUAGCCAAAGUAUACUUUAACAAGAAAACAGAAAUUAUUAGUAUGGUUUGUUUUCUUGUUUUGAAAAUCUAGACACUGAAAUGUCAAAAGUGCCAAUUCCAUCACCAAAGUUAACCAAGCAAGUUGCGCUAUUGUCUGUAUUUGUUGUGUUUGUCGUUCAAACUAUUAAUCAGAACCAUUAAUAUCAAUCGGGAUUAGUAAUAACUGAUAACAAGUAAAAGAAAGUAUUUGAAUUUCAAUGGAUCAAAUGGAAUUAACUCAGGAACAAAAAAACCGCAUUGAAAAGAAUCGACAAAAAGCGCUUCUUCUGAAGAAAAGCAAAUUAGUAUCUCAUCCUUAUGCAAAAACAUGUGAUGCUGUUUCAAUUGAUAAAGCAAUCAUCAAAGUAGGAGCCACAAAAUACAAGGACACUGGUGGAGGCUUCCUUCUGGAAGAGGAACCUGAUCAUAUUGAAGAACCACCGGUUUUCAUUGUACAAGAGCCACCAUUAUUGGAAGAACACCGCCCAACAUGCGAUCGCUGCGAAAAGAAGUUUGCUACCUCCUGGCUCUUCGAAACAUACGACUGCAAAGUGUGCGACGCAUGCAAAGAUCCUGAAAUUCACCGACUCAUCACCAAAACCGAAGCAAUGAAAGAGUACCUACUGAAAGAUUGCGAUCUUGAUCGCAGAGAACCCCCACUGAAAUUCAUCACGAAAAAAAACCCGCAUCACAAUAGUUGGGGAGAAAUGAAGCUAUAUCUACAGAUACAAGUUGAAGAUAGAGCAUUAGAAGUGUGGGGAACUGAAGAGAAGCUUGAAGAAGAAAUUAAAAAACGAGAAGAGAAGAAGGUGGCAACUAAAACCAAGAAGUAUCAUAAGCAGAUGAAGGAAUUGCGGAUGAAUAUGCGCAGCAGUUUGUAUGAUAAGACCACAGCUGCGUCACAUACGCACGAGUUUGGUCCAGAGAGCUAUAAUGAAGACGAGGAUAAUUAUACUCACACUUGUAUUACUUGUAAAUAUGUUGAAACAUUCGAGAAAAUGUAAAUCGUCAAAUCAUCAAAUGUAAAUGCUCAUAACUUGUUUUAAAGAUAGUUUUGUUAAUGUUUCAUCAUGUGUGUUUUAAACAUUGUGGUUUUUAUACAAUUUUAGUGUUUAAUUAUUUGAUAUUAUAUUACAUAUUUAAUAAUACUGCAUGGAGCACACAAUUUCAUCAAAUCUAUUAAUGUUAAGAAAUAAAUAUUAAAAAUGUCACAUUACA